AUUGUUUUCGGGAAGUUUCAGAAAAUCAUGCUGAAACAAUGGAAGCCUGGUUCUAUCAUUGUGAUUUUCUUAAGAAUUUAAAAGUUUUGUUUAUAUAAAUUGUGAUCAAUUAAAUUUUUUUCAAUCGGAAAACUGUCAAUGACUUUAGUGUACAUAAAAAGAGUGUCUAGAAGUGUUUACUUUUGUGUAAAACUAUAAUCGGAUAUAUAAGUUGUACGUGAUUUUGGAGGAAUUUAAAAAGUGUCCAAAUCAAGGGAAGAAAUUUAAUUUUUCGUCAAAGUGUAAAGUUUUAUUUACAUGUUGACGUUGAAAAGUAGCCUAAGAUGAGAAAGAAUUAGCAAAGAAAAGACGGAGAUAGAUUUAAAAUAAAAAAAAAAAUAAAAAAAAAAUGGAAAUAACAAUGCGUGAGUGGGUGAUGAAUUUUGCAGACGUAAUAAUGAGGGUUCCACCUCUUUUUGUCAUCGAUGAGCUGUUAAGGAUCAGCCCUGGCUUUUCAGGAGAUAAUUCUGAAAUGGAAAAAAUUAGCGAUAAUUUCACCAUGAUGAAUGUAUCGGACUCAUUUAUUGGUGUAAUAGCUUCAGCUUCAUCAGAACCGUUUUUACAACACUUGAGCCUUAAUUCAUACCAGAUUUAUUUCAUGACAGCCUUCAAAGUCAUUGCCUGUUGCUUAGGAUGUAUUGCGUCUCUGUGCAUGUUUAUGCACUUUACGAAGCAUCUUGUAAUUGUAUAUUUGUACCUGAUAUCCGUGGGAGUAAUAUUCAUAUCAUAUUGGUCGAACGUUAGUACAAUUAAGGCAAUCAUUGCGUAUUUAAAUGCACACGAGGGAUUAACCUGCAUUUUGGAAGAUGUCUUGAGCUUAAAUCUAAAAGAACUGUUACAAUAUGGUCCAGGUCUUCUUGUCAUACAAAAUUACAUUCUUCAAUGUUUAUUGUCAGGAAUUUUUUGCUACAUUCAUCUUGCUCCAAGACAUCCCUUGAUUCAAAAACUCAUCGUCAUUAGCUUUAUGGCGCCUUCAAUUUUGGGAAUUCAUCCAUUGUCGACAUUUAUCUUACAUCACACGCCCGUCCUGGCGACUCUUCUUCCUCUAGGAGUUUGCAAAUUCAUAAUUUGGUAUCAUGGGAUGUCGAUACUGAAGACAAUCUACAUGGGCUAUCAACAUGUGAGAAAUUUCAUUCGCAACUAUGGACUUUCCGCUCUCGCUGAAUCGGAAUGGAAUCGUCUCAACGUUCCAUGUGUUCUACGAACAUUUUGGCUUCUUCGCGUUUUGGAGCAGGUGAUUCAAAUUAUGGGUAAUCAUUAUCAAGAGGACACAUUCACGUACUAUUUAAUGCUGCGAACUCUAUUGGUUAAUGGCUGCGAGACAUUGACAUCACUUCUUGGAAUGACAAGUAUUAUUUCUCUAAUUUGUCAUUAUAUUGGAACAUUUUUCCGUUGGGUAUUACUUACAGCCGACGAAGAUGACAAAAAUAUGGGAACAGUGUCAGCAAUUUUAUUCUACAUUCUUGCACUUCAAACCGGCCUUACGAGUCUCGAUCGCGAGAAACGCCUCCUACGACUGUAUCGAAAUUUUUGUCUUCUUUUCACUGCAAUUCUUCACUUUGUCCACAACACUGUGAAUCCCUUGCUGAUGUCAUUAAGUGCUUCCCAUAAUCCAGCUCUUCAUCGACAUCUCCGUGCACUCGCGGUUUGCACAUUUCUCAUCUUUUUCCCAACAUCAUUAUUGAUCUUCCUUUGGUCACAUUUCACCAUCAGCACAUGGAUGCUCGCGGUUUCUGUUUUCAGUAUCGAGGUCAUUGUCAAAGUUAUUGUUUCACUGUCAAUUUACUUCCUAUUUUUAUUCGACGCCUAUCGCAGUAUCUUUUGGGAACAACUCGAUGACUGUGUAUAUAUUAUAAGAUCAUUCGGCAAUACUGUGGAAUUUGCAUUUGGAGUGAUUCUCUUUUUCAAUGGACUUUGGAUUCUUAUUUUUGAAUCUGGUGGCGCAAUUAGAGCCGUUAUGAUGUGUAUUCAUGCUUAUUUUAAUAUUUAUUGUGAGGCAACAGCCGGAUGGAAUAUUUUCAUGAAACGUCGUGCCGCUGUCAAUAAAAUUAAUUCCCUACCUGAAGCAAAUGCUGAGCAAUUAAGAAGAUUAAAUGAUGUUUGCGCGAUUUGUUAUCAGGAAAUGCAAAGUGCAAAAAUAACAAAAUGCAGCCACUUUUUUCAUGGUGUUUGUUUGAGAAAAUGGCUCUAUGUCCAGGACAGAUGUCCUCUUUGUCAUGAUAUUUUGUACAAAGUGGAAAACAAAAAUAAAACCGACACGAGACAGGAGGAAAAUGAACCGGAAAAUCCUCCAGUUGAAGAGAUUCAGGAGAAUAAUUCUAGGCGCGGUAAUAGAGAGUUGGAUUGAAAAAAAAGUGAAGACUAUCUGUGUCGUUACUACAUUGUGAUAUAAAUUAUACAAUAAACUGUAAAAAAAAAGAAAAUCGAGCCUAAAAGCGAUUCAUCUCUUAACUUUUAUACUGAGCUUUUCUCAUUGCUUCUCAUUCCAUUUUUAUCAAUUCUUAGUAAUUUAUUAACAAUUUUCUUAUUUAUUUGCACUCGUGUGUUAAAUUUUGCUCACAACGCACUCAAAAUGAAAUGGAACGCAUGAAUAAGGUCUAAAAGAAAUUUUUUACUAUUAUGAUUUGAUAGAAUCUGUAAAAUUUGCAGAAAAUUUAUUUGAAAUUUAAAAUCUACAAUUCAAUUAUUUUAAAAAAAAUUGUAAUUUAAAAAGCUGUUGAACUUAAUUAUUGUCCGAAAUUUUUUUGACCAUUAAAACUAAAAUUUAAAAAAUAAAAAAUAAUUAGUUAUUUAAAGUAAAAUAUUUAUUAACUAAUUAUAUUUACUUAAAAUAAAAAAAAUCGACUUUUUCGACUUUUUUGGAAUGUAAAUUGACUAAAACGACAUUUUUUUGCAUCUUAUAGUCAAUCCAAGGUCUGAUAGAAAUUUGAUCGAAUUUGUUUGCAACGUUGUUUCGUAGAAUAUUAAUUUAAAAGAAUCUUAAUUUUGUAGAAAAAAAAAAAUUGAACAGAAUUUUAAUUUUGCAGAAUAUUAAUUUUCUGGAAAGUGCAAAUAUCGAAAAUCAAAUUAAUAUUUUGCAAAAUCAAAAAUCUUUCCAAAUUUUUUUUCUACAAAAUUAAAAUUCUUUUAAAUUACUAUUUUGCAAAAUUAAUAUUCUACCAAAUAACGUUUCGCACAAAUUGAGAUGUGAAAUAGAAUUACUGCUGUAAAUUAAUUUUCGUCUAACAAAUAAAAUUUCUGCAAAAUUGAUAUUUAAUGGAAAUUCUGCAAAAUAUUCUGCAAAAUAUUCUGCAAAAAUAAUAUUUUGACAAUUUAAUAUUCGCCAAAUGUAAUAUUCUACAGAAUAAGAUUCUAUCAAAUUAUGAUUCUAAAAAAUUUAUUUAUUUCAUGCGUCCCAAUGAAUCAUGGUUCUAAGAUUGAAGUAAAAGCGAAUUAUCAAGUGGGGUCCAAUUGGAGAAUUUUGUCUUUAUUGAAUUUUUGAAAAUUUUUACAUUUCAUAUUAUGCAAGAAAAGAAAGUCUCCAUUAUCAUUUAUUUUUACUAUUAAAAUGAUUUUUUUUUUUUGAAUGUAAAAUGAUUCCUCGGAUAUGAUGAUAAUUCAUCUAUAGGAUUAAUAGUCUUAUACUUAUAGGAUUGAUAUUUUAUAGAAUUAUUUAAAGACUUGAUAAUUGUCUUAUAUAAUUCUCCUUUAUAGAAUUAAUAAUGGAAUUUCUAUAAUCAUUGAAAAUAGCUCAAUUUAUCAUUCGCAGAUGAAAACUGAAAAAACAAAGAUUCUUUGAUACUAUUAUUUAGUACACAAGAAUCUAGGAUAGAUCAAUAAUUCCAAACAAGCCAAAUCUGAGACUACACAAUUUUUUCAUAUUUUUCAAUAACUAAUUUUAUAAAUUUAUUUCCAUAAUUUUAAUUCCAUUAACUAAUCAGUUUUCCAAAAAAAUUUUUUUUUUUUAUCUUAAAUACUCAUUGUUAAAAGUUAAUGUAAAUAUUUAAUAAAAAAAAAAAAGAAAACUAAUUUUUCUUUUCGAAACUCAAUCGAAAAUAAAUAAAAGUAAAAAAGUUUUUAGUUCUUCGAAAUUUUCAUAAAAAACCAGCAUUAAUUUUUGACGAAGAUUGUUGUGGGUAAACAUUCGAAAUUUUUGAAAAAAAUUCGCAAUUAUGAGAGAUGUCAUGGGUAUAAUGAUUUUUUAAAAAAAUGUAGAAUAAGAAUAAUUUUAUUAAAUUAGUCGAAUUGAUUUGCAGCUUGAUUAAUUAUACUAAGUAGAUGUCGUUUAAUAUUAUUAUUAAUAAUAAUAAUAAGGCUUGUGAACAUGAAGUGUUUAUUUAAAUUUUUCGUGAGUAUAUGCGACGAAAUCUAAAGUAUCGAGUUUUACCCUUUUGGUAUUACUUUCACGAUAUGCUAGACUUAAAGAAGUUUGUAAAUAUAGAAAAGGUCCUAGAGUUUCUUUCUCUUACUCUAAAAAAAAAAAAAAAAACAUUAGUCUUCUAUAAAUUUUCAUUGAAAGGAGAAUUUUUUGACUGGUAACGAUAAAAGAGAAAAAUUUGAAUCUUAAUUUCAAUACUUUCUUUUUUGACGAGAAAUGUUUUUCUUCUUUUUUUUAAUAAGAAUUCCUUUUUCUCUUUCUUUCACUUUUUAAAAUUUAUAUCUCAGUUUCUUUUCUUCUUUUUGUAAAUAAUUUCAAAAAAGAAAAUCUGAUGGUGGUGGUGAUUUCCAUUAAUUCUUUUUAAUUGUUAAAACUGAAAAGAACGAAAAUUAUCGUUCUUUUUUAAAAUUCUUUUAUUAAUGCGAUUUACAGUCAUAAUUAUUAUUAUCUUGACAGUGAAAUAUUUUUACCUGUAUAUUAUUUAAGAAUAAUUACAUUUUCUAUCUUCAGGCGCUCGUCUAAAACACGAUAUAUUGUAUUUUGUUAAAAGAACUUUAAAAGGAACCUAAUAAACGUUCUAUUUUGUAAAAUAAAUAAAACGUUUGAUUGAUUAUUUCUCAAAUUCCUCAUUUAAUUUUUCUCUAAAGGAAAAAGUUUAUUUUUUUCAGAAUUUUUGUUACGAUAUAUAUAUAUAUUUAGAUUGAGGAAAAUUGGCAUCAGAACUUCAAGGAAUUACAUAAAUUCAUCUGUGAUGUAAUCCAUUCUUUUAUUAUUCGCUUCGAUGACAACAAGUGAAUUUCAACUUGUUAAAACUCCAUUGAUUUUACGAGGACAUCAUCCAAGAUGACUUGGGAUUAUAAAUGAAAAGAAUUUAUGAUUUUUAAAUUUUUUUUGCCAUUCACUUGACAGACAUUUUUGCCAUUUUAUUUAAUUGAAGAAGAUGUAUAUUUGAAUUAGAAAAUUCAAAGAAAUAAGUAAUGGGUAUCCCGGCCUUUCUCGUGGGGUACAACUCCCCCACCCACGGCUUCAAGUCUAAGUUUCUCGUGCAUAAUCCCCUCUUCUUGAGCUCAAGUCCAUGAAAAAGUCACAUCUCUCGCAGUGUUUCCGAAGAGUGCGGUUCUUCAAUUGAGUGUCUGACAGCGAAUAUCAAUAUCAGCCACUUGUGUUUCUGUUUUUAUUUUUGAGUGCACGUGAGAUCGAUUAACAAA